AGGAAAUUUCUUUGUUGGAUGGUUUCGAUUCUUCACUUUACGGUUUACCCCAUCCCUCCGCUUUCUCGUCAACCCCUGGGAUUGUGAUCGUGCAUCAUGAUCGUCAAACUCUCCACCCCCUACAGCUUCCUGGAUGACUACAGCGAGGGCGCGCACCCGCGCCUGCUGGAGGCGCUGGUCCGGAACAACAUGCCCCAGCAGACCGGCUACGGCACGGACGACUACAGCAGCGAGGCGCGCCAGCUCCUGCACGCGCAGCUGCACACCACCCCAGACGAGGUCGCCAUCCACUUCGUCCCCAGCGGCACAUCGGCCAACCUGAUCUCGAUCGCCAGCUGCCUGCGGCCCUACGAGGCGGUCGUCGCCGUCGACUCCGGCCACAUCAGCUGCAAGGAGGCCGGCGCCAUCGAGGCGACGGGCCACAAGAUCAUCGGCGUGCCGCACUGCCGCGGCAAGCUGCUGCCCGACCGGCUCGAGCGCGAGCUCGACCGCAACCAGUUCUUCCCGCACAUGGCCAAGCCCCGCCUCGUCUACAUCUCCCAGUCCACCGAGCUGGGCACCGUCUACACCCGCCCCGAGCUGCAGGCGCUGUCGGCCGUGUGCCGCCGCCGCGGCCUGCUGAUGCUCGUCGACGGCGCGCGGCUCGGCGUGGCGCUGACCGCGACCACCGUCCCGGAUGUCCCCACGUUACGGGACAUGGUCGACCUGGCGGAUAUCUUCUGGGUGGGCGGGACGAAGAUGGGCGCCCUGCUGGGCGAGGCAGUCGUCGUGCGCCGCGAGAUCGCCGAGGGGUUCGAGUUCCACAUCAAGCAGCACGGCGCGCUGCUGGCCAAGUCCCGCGUGAUCGGGGUCCAGUUCGCCGAGCUGUUCCGCGACCCCGACACCCCCUUGUUCUUCGAGCUGGCGCGCCACGCCAACGAGAUGGCCCGCCGCCUGGCCGACAACUUCGUGCAGCUGGGCUUCGCGCUGGCGGCCGAGACGGAGACGAAUCAGGUGUUCGUGCACAUCCCCGAUGACAUCCUGCCGCUGCUGGAGGAGCGCAUCCGGUUCUACGAGUGGGAGAAGGUGGACGGCCACACCGUCGUGCGGAUUGUGACCUCGUGGGCGACGGACGAGACGCAGGUCGAGAAGCUGAAUCACCGGUCGAAAGUAAAAUGCGUGCACGAUGGCCAACCCCCUUGUCGUCGAUGUCACCGCCUCAACCGCGACGACACCUGCGUGCUCACCGACCCACGCUCCCCCGCGGCGAUACGUACGCCUCGCAGUCGCCAAUCCAUCACUCCAUAUCCCAGUAGCACGCUGCGUCGCGCAAGCAGAGCAACCGAUGUCGCGCCAGAGCUCAGCAGUCCUGUCAUGCCCAGUACACCAGCCACGCCCAUCGCAACCCUCUCGACCGCCACCCUGAUCAACGCCUGCGAUAUCUACCGCAAGCGCUUCCCCGUCGUGAACUUCCUGCACUAUCCCUCCCUCAUCGCCGACCUGUCCAACGAUCUCGCGUCCGUGGACCCCGUCUUCCUAGCCUCGCUCCUCUCGCUGUGCGUGCGGUUCAUGAGCGAUGACGAUCUCUCACCCGAGGAGACGUACGCCACCUACGCGCGGACGCAGCUCGCCCAUCGCGCCUUCGAAGCGCCCUCGCUCUACCUCGCGCAAUCCCUGGUCAUGCUCUCGCUGUACGAAUGGGGAUCCGGCCAUCCCUACCGUGCGUGGAUGUACAGCGGAAUGGCAACCUACAUGCUGCAGACCCUCCUCAAAACCGCCGACGACAGCAUGGAGCACAACCCCGAAGACUUCCACGCGGCCCCACAGACCCAAAUCGCCUACGAGCAGCUUGUCCGCACGUAUUGGUGCUGCUUCGCGCAGGACUGCGAGCUCAGCUCCGGCGCGCGGCAGCACAUUGCCCUCUCGUUCCGACAGAUCCUGGUGCCCCUGCCGAUCAGCGACCAAGACUUCACAUUCGGACGGGUGUGUCCGACCCGGCUGAUGCCGCGGGACAUGACGCAGGGGUCCUCGUCGCGGGUGAAGGGAUUACUGACGAUCGACCGGGGGCUGAGCAUCGUGACGCGCGGGUUCGACAUCUUCGUGCGGAUCCUGCGGUUCGCGAAUGAGAACCGCCGCGGGCGGGCCGGGGGCGACUCCGUGGGGAUGUGGACGACCCUCAAGGGGGAGCUGGACGAGUGGCGCGAGUUGCAGGACGUCACGGUGCGGUUCCCCGAGACGAGCGCCCAGGCCCACGUCGCGCUGGGGUACGGGGAGCUGUUCGCCUACAUCAACCUGGUGUAUUUCAUGAGUCGUCUCUUCCUCUACCGCGAUGCCUUCCUCUCCACCUACCCGCCAGCCCCAACCACAAUCACAAAAACCGAAACCGAAACAGACCCCGACAAAGCCCUCGACCACCUCUUCACCGCCGCCCAGCACAUCGGCAGCAUCAUCGCCGCCCUCGACGCCUCCGGCACCCCCGUCAUCACCUCCUACGCCGGCUACAGCGUCUUCGUCGCCGCCCACAUCAACAUGUACGGCUCCGUCGUCCCGGCCCGGUACCCCGGCGGCCGCGCGCGCGCCGAGCACGAGAAGAAGCGCAACUUCGAUUACCUCGAGCGGUUGUGUCGGUAUUGGGUUGUCGGGCAUAGUUGGUGGCGCACCCUCCAGGAAGCGAACCGGUUCUAUUCCACUGCCAAGCUGCCGGGGAGUCUGUCGGGGACGAAUGCGGCGUCCGCGGUGGAACCGAGUAUGCAGAGGCCGGAUCAUCUUACCCUGGCGGGGACGUUGGACGAGUAUGGGGAUAUUCGGGUCGAGAGGCCGGAGAUCUCUGCUGCUCGGUCGAGGAGCGGGGAGGGCGAUGCUCGUGUCGAGGUUGACUCCGGCGGUAGUGGUAGUGGUAGUAGAGUUGCGCGGGGAAGUGGAGGUGUGGCUCCUGGGGGAAUUGUCUCGCAGGUGCCGACUACGACUGGAGCCGGCAGCACUGGCACGGCUACUGCGGACUAUGUCGAGCAGCAGCUGGGGUCGGAGAUGGUGCAGUGGCCGUUCUUGGACGAGAACUGGUCGUUGGGGUUCGAUCUGGGGUUCGAUGCUGCUUGGCCUGGGUUGGGGUGAUGACAUCGCAUUCUGGAUCGGUAACCCGGGGUCGGGGGGUAAUGGUACGAGUAGUGUUUACGAUUCCCAAAGC